UUCAUCCGCCCGCCGCUCGCCCCCCCCCCCGAAGGGCGACGCGUGUUCCCGCGAGCUCGCUGCUGGGCCUCGUGCACGCAGCUGCGUCGGUUAAAAGCGGUGCGACCCGGUUGGGAUGGACUCAUUCCAACAAGUUUCAAGUAGUUCUUCUGGAUUUUAAAUGAUUUGUUUUUUCUCUCGCUGUUGUUUUGGAGGUCGGGAUCGAACUUCAAACUAAACACGUGGCGUUAUCGGCCUUAAAGGCCAAACGCGUUGGUGACCUUUAAAAACCCAACUGUAUUAUAUGAAAUCUGGUUUGUGUCUAUUUGUGGUUUUGCCAGGAAAUGUCAACUCUGCAAUUGGUACACGUGAACCUUUGUUCACAUCAACAGCAGCUUUACAGGUGCUCGCCUGAACGUUUGCAUUGGAUGGUCAUGACAUUUGCUCCAGUUCUGUGGACUCUUGUAUUUUAACAUCACGCUGCACAUGGACAUCUUAUAUCUGUGAAUCAUUAUCAGGAUGGAACUUUUAAACGCUUGUUUUCACCUGCUGCUGUAAAAGCUUCACCUCGUCUUUUGAGCUCCCAGAGAACUGGACCGACACCAGGGAGACCAUCGUGGAGGGCGUGACCUUUAACCUCCGUCACCUGGGCAUGACCCUAGUGGAGCGGCCCAAGGGAGAGGAGCUGUCGGCGGCGGCGGUGAAGAGGAUCGUGGCCACGGCUAAAGCCAGUGGGAAGAAGCCCCCGAAGGUCGCGCUGAAGGUUUCCCCUCAGGGAAUCGUGCUGCACGACAGCGCCACCAACCAGCUCCUGGAAAACGUCUCCAUAUACAGGAUUUCCUACUGCACGGUGGACGCGCUGCAUGACAGAGUCUUUGCUUAUAUCGCCCAAAACGCCCUCAGCGGGACGCUGGAGUGCCACGCGUUCCUCUGCCCCAAGAGGAAAGUGGCCCAGGCGGUGGCCCUGACGGUGGCCCAGGCCUUCACGCUGGCCUUUGAACUCUGGCAAGUGGCCAAAGAAGGUGAGGCCCAGACGCGCAUCACUCACAUCACUUCGGCGGCGAGGCUGCUGCCGCGUCGCACGCCAGACACGGUUUCUUUUGUCUUUCACUCUCUCGGAGAAAAAGGGAGAAGAGCGAAGUCGGGUUCAUCGGGAGAAGCCGGCAGCAGUUCCCGCUCGGAGAAGUCGGACAGCUUGGGGAGCCUCAGGGGGACAGAUGUGGCCACAGACCAGCUGUUGGACUUUGGUGACGGCGUGAACGUGGAGUCCAACGGGAACGUAGAGGGGGAUCAGAGGCCCUCUGAGACCGACGAUAACCCCCCCUGUGAGACCGAGGACGCUUUGGAUGAAGCCUUCUCCAGCUGUGCUCUGGAUAGCUAUGGUUCAUGUCCAGACUGGCAGUGUCGCGUACUAACCCCCAGGUCUUGGACAUUGGGGUGACCCCCCAAGACUGGCUCACCGAACCCGACUAAGACAACGCCCAUGGAAACAACAGCUGGUGUUGGGGGGCGGGGGGAGGCGGAGGGGGGGGUCUCAAAAUCUUCCCCUGAUUUAAAAAGGCACCACUGUGUAUUAAAGACGAGGCUGCAGAAGGUCCAACGGGUGAAGAGGUGGAAGAGACGCCACCUUGUUGCUGAACUCUUCAAAUGGACACUUCCUCCCUUGAGCACCCGUCCCCCCCCACCCCGAAGCCAUAGUAUCAUCCUGUUAUUACACUGCAAACAUCCUCACUGUCUUAUGUCCCCUUUUGUUGACAUCUAUAUCCUUUUCCAGUAGUUUUUGCAGCAUUGUGUUUUUAUAAUUUUAGAGAUAAUUAUUUUUUUAUGGAGGGAAGUUAGAACGUAAUUCUGUCGUAGGUACAGAUGAAUGGGCCUUAAUGACAGAAGCCACACUGAAUGUUUGAGUGGAUGUGGAUCACAUUAGGAUUUGACUGAAUUCUGUGUCGAAAGUGAAAAUCUAGCUGUAUAAAUGUAAAGAACCCCAUUCACGUGCUCACGGCUAAUUGAGUCCAUUGUGUACAUUGUAACCUGCCGGCUUUGUAAAGAAAUCUUGAAUAAAAGAAAUCCACUUUUCUGCUCUAGUAA